AUGAAGAAGUAUAGGGAAGGGAUGGAGAAGUUGGAGGCGGAGAAUAAAGCGUUGAGGAAUGAGAUUGCUGCUUUGGAGACCCGCGUAGAGGAACAAGAGAUGUACUCCAGGAGGAACUGCAUCGAGAUCCAGGGCAUCCCUGAGGAGCCUACAGAGACUGUCGACGACGUGGUUGACAUCGUGGUUAAAGUUGGGAAAGCGGUUAACAUGGACAUCAACGCCACGAUGAUCGACGCUUGUCACCGUCUGGGGAAGAAGAAUGAUGCGGCUCGCAGAGGACCCCGUGGCAUCAUUGUGAAGUUUGUCCGUCGGCUUGACAAGGAGGAACUCCAGAAGAGGAAGCAUCAGAAGAGGGAUCUCUCAACGCGGCAUCUUGGAAUGGCUAUGGACUCCACAAUCUACCUCAACGAGUCACUGACACCUUCAAGGAGGAGGUUGUAUGCGCUCGCUCGUCAGGCGAAAAAGGACAAAGGGUACAAGUAUGUGUGGCACCGGGGAGGAAAAGUUUUCCUAAGAAAAGAGGACAAUGCACCUGUCAUACAAGUAUGUAACCAGGCUGACCUUGAAAGGCUUUAG